UCUCUCUCUUUCAUCAAUAUCUCUAACGGCAGAGCUGACUCAGUAUCUCCGGCAUUGACUCGCCUGAGGAUCAGAAGCUCAGACCCGCUGUUACAUCUCCCGAUCACGAGAAGAUUCACCUGGAUUCUUAGUUGAUCGCCUUAAAAUGAGUGUUCGUCCUUCUAACCUGGUUUUGGUGUUGGGAGUGAGUUAGGUGAUUUAGGUAGAAACAAUCUGUGAAGAAUUUGGCGGGUUGAAGGGGGAGUGGUUUUAUAGGCUUAUCAGUGUGGUAUGAAUUCGAGGGCUGAUGAUCCUGGGGAUGGGUAUUUUCGAGUUCCUUUUGAGAAUCAAACUCAAAAAGAGUUCCAAGUCAGGGGUUCUUGGAUUCCAUUUACACCCAACAAACCUCCGCAAGGUAGAUCAAGUCUGAUCCUAGAUGAGAGAGUGAUACACCAAGAUCUAAAUGGGGUCCCAAGUUGUGAAUUUGAAGAUAUGGGAUUCUGCAGCAGUGGUGCUGUACAUGAUCUUAAUCAUGCACUUCAGGGAAUGGAUCAAAAUGGGGUUUAUGACCAUGGUGCUCAUCAGGGCAUUAAUAACUUACAAGGAUCAUAUGCUCAAGCCAGGUGUAAUACUGAGAGAGAUCUUUUGGGCAGGAGUGAUGCAACUUCUCCUUUGCCACCUGUUAUCAGAAACAUCACCGGUAACGUAGAGCUGGUUAAUGGAAAAUUUACUUCAGAUGUGGGUAUGGUAAACGGUUCUUUCACCCAAAGUGGCACUUCUCAAGCUGGCUAUACUGAGUUUGAAUUGGACGACUUGUUGGAUCCCGGUCAGAUGCCCUUCUCCUUCACAAGCCUGCUGAGUGGUGGGGAUAGCUUAUUCCAGGUUCGUCAAUAUGGAACUCCAGCGUGUAGCAAGCCUCUUUACAAUCUGAAUUCACCAAUUAGAAGAGAAGUAGUUGGGUCCGUCUUUGAAAAUUCGUUUCAGUCUGUACCAUCAACGCCAAGUCUAUGCAGAACAGGUGAAAACAAUGGAUUUCUUGAAAAGAUAGUUACUACCACUGGACAUGAAAUCACAGAGCCGAAAUCUGACAAAAGUUUGAAGAGUAUUGUGGACUCUUCUGUUGUUAAUUCAACGGAGGUUGCUAAACAAAAUGAUGGCAGCAGACAAGAUGUUCUGGAGUUUGAUCUUAACAAGACACCUCAGCAGAAACCCUCCAAAAGGAAAAAGAAGUUCAUGCCCAAGGUGGUCGUGGAAGGCAAACCUAAGAGGAAGCCACGCAAACCUGCAACUCAGGAAAAUGUGAAAUCUAAAGAACCCGGGAGUAGCAAAAGGAAGAAAGCUCAAACGAAAAACUUGAAAGAAUCAACCACUAAAAAGACAGCCAGAGAUAUGAGCAAAGGAAGCCCUGAAGUCACACUCAAAAGUUGCAGAAAAGCUUUGAAUUUUGACUUGGAGAAUUCUGGGGAUGCGAGGCAAGGUGACUCUGAGUCUGAAUUUAUCCAGAAAAAUAGUGGCUCAAACUCAUUUUCUGAGAUCAGAGAUGCCAUUGGUGGAACUAGUGCUAGUUUCCUGGAUUCAAUAACACAAAUAGACCAGAGCAAUGGGUUGGUGGCUACGAACCAGCCACUUGAAGCGUCAAUGGGAAACCAGCCAGAUGAACUACCCAGAAUGUUACAAGAAAAUCAUACUCAGAUAUUGUCCAGAGAUCAACAACCUGAUUUAUUGAUCGGAAACCAGCGAUGCCAGUUCCCAGUGGCAACCCAUAACACCCAGUUCCCAGUGGGAAACCAACAAGCUUGGCUUCAGAUGAAAAACCAACUCAUUGGCUUUCCGUUCGGUAACCAGCAACCUCCCAUGACCAUAAGAAACCAGCAGCCUUGUUUGGCUAUGGGUAAUCAACAACCCAUGUAUCUGACAGGAACUCCACAGCCUGCGUUGGUGAGUCGAAACCAGCAACUAGGAAAUCUUCAAGGGAACAAGCUGCCUAUAUUUUUGAAUCAGCAGACCUGUUUACCUGCUGGAAAUCGACAAUAUGGAUCACCAGCAGACAUGAAUCAGCUUGUUAUGUCAACCGGAGGGCAGCAACAUGGACUACUGAUGAAAGACCAGCAUCCUGGAUUUUUAUUGAGAAACCAGCAACCUGGAUCAACAGUGAGAGGCCAGCAGCGUUGCGUACCUUUGAUGAACCAGCAACCUGGAACUCCAAAAGGUUUUACUCACUUGAAUCAGAUGGUAGCUGCUUGCAUGUCAUCGCCUGAGCUUCAACGUCAUUCUCAAUUGCAAAUUCCUGCAACAAAUCUUCAUUCCAAGAGUUUAAAUAGGAAUGCGGGUACAUGUCAGAGAAGUGGCAAUACUGAAUACGGUACUUUACAGCAAACCCAUCAAGGAAAUGAGUACAUCCCUUCUCAUGAGAGAUCCAAUGGUGAAUUCUUUGACGUAUGCAAGAAAAAUUUAUCUCAAAACUCUUAUUUAUCAACUCCAGUUAUGGCUAAAUUUGAGGAAGCCAGAGGCUCGAAGAGACAAUAUCAUCAUGCAAUGGGACAGAUGCAUAACCAUGAUCUAAACUUAGCAGGUCCGUGGCCAUUGCUCCAACAGAUUGCUCAAUCACAAGAUGUGGAAAGACAGAACAGCACAACAUCUGCCGAAUAUUUUGAUGCUGCAAAGAAAAAUAAAAUCCAGAAAGUAGUCCUAGAAAAUUUGCAUGGCAUGCCACCUGAGGUAAUAGCAAUAGAGGAUAAUCCAACUGAUGGGGCAAGACAAGACAAGAAUACUGCCAGCAUCAUUAAAACCCCAUCUAAACCAAUUUCAUGUCGAGUUCAAAAGUCAGGAGCUGAUGAGAAAUUUAUCGUCCCAAAAAAGACUGCAAGAAAGGGUCGUGGAAGGAGAAAACAAUCAGUAGAUUCGCCUCCUCAUGCCUCAGCGAUCCAGAUUUGGCAACCAACUCCCCCAAAGGCACCUUCAUCAAGAAGUAAGGCUAAAGAGAAAGGGAGGAAGUCCAUACCAGAUACAGGAAAAGCACCUUCAUCAAGAAGUAAGGCUAAAGAGAAAGGGAGGAAGUCCAUACCAGAUACAGGAGAACUUCUAUGUGAGGAUUCUAUUACAGAAAUAAUAUACAGAAUGCAGAAUCUCACUCUAGGAGAGAAUAGCAGAGCAAAAGAGCAAAAUGCACUUGUCUUAUACAGAGGAGAUGGUGCAGUUGUUCCAUAUGAGAGCAAGAAGAGAAAACCAAGGCCUAAAGUUGACCUUGACGAUGAAACAACUCGAAUAUGGAAUCUAUUAAUGGGGAAUGGAGAAAAAGAGGGGGAUGAAGAGAUGGAUAAGAAAAAAGAGAAAUGGUGGGAAGAAGAGAGGAGAGUUUUCCGAGGAAGGGCGGAUUCAUUCAUAGCCCGAAUGCAUCUUGUACAAGGAGAUAGACGUUUUUCACCAUGGAAGGGAUCGGUGGUUGAUUCAGUCAUUGGAGUUUUCCUUACCCAGAAUGUCACUGAUCACCUUUCAAGCUCUGCUUUUAUGUCUCUAGCCGCUCGUUUUCCUCCAAAAUUAAGCAGUAGCCGAAAAGAUGAAAAGAGUAUUAGAAGCGUAGUUGUUGAAGAUCCAGAAGGAUGCAUUCUGAACUUAAAUGACAUUCCUUCGUUGCAGGAAAGUAUUCAAAAUCGAUCUGAGACGCAAGUUUCUGAGGUUGAUAGUGGAUCAAAAGAGCAACAAAUAGACUGUUCAAACUCUGGAAUCGAAAGAUUUAAUUUCCUAAACAGUAGUCAGAAUUUAGAAGAGGAAGUAUUAUCAUCACAAGAUUCUUUUGAUCCUGCGAUAUUUCAGUUGUGUGGGAGGGUUAGGUCCAGUUCAUGUUCCAAAUCAGACGCCAAUUUUUCUACAACCAGGUGUGAAACAAAAUCUGCCAGUGGAUCAUCACAAGCAGUUCAAACUGAGAGUCCGAAUUUGUCUGUUGAAAUUUGUCUUCAAGAGAACGAGAGACUGCUUCCAUAUGAAAGAUCUGGUGAUAUUCAGAUACAAGAAACUACAAAUGUCGCUCAGAAGAAACCAGAUCUUGACAAACCAAUGAACUGGAAGGACUAUCUCCCUUUUGAUCAGCCAAGCAAUGAUGUUAACUGGCAAAAAGGAGGACCGACCAAUCCUUCCAGUAGCUAUGAGCAGAGUAUGAUUCAGCAGCCGCAUGUGCUAGACAUAGAGGAUUUUGGAAUGCAAGGUGAAGGCCUUGGUUAUUCUUGGCUGUCCAUUUCACCAAGAGUUGACAGAGGAAAGAACAGAAAUGUACCUCGCAGAUUUUUCAGACAAGGUGGAAGUGUUCCUAGAGAAUUCACAGAUCAGGUCAUACCAUCGACGCCUCAUGUAAUACCAGGAAUGGGAUUUUCUGUUUCCGCAAGCACCCACCAAGUGCACCAGGGCGAUGCCCAACAACAACAUGAGAUGAAUAAAGCAUCCCACUUACAAAAAACAUUUAUGGAUCUGCUCAAUUCUUCUGAGGAAUGUCUUACAAGACAGUCCAGUACCACACAGAACAUCACAGAUGGCUGUCUACCAAGAGUUAGAACUGCUAAAGACGUAGCUGAAUCAAAUUCCAGAAAUAAAGAGCAGACUACAGUUGAAUACAAGGAGACGAAUGCCACUAUUGUACGAGAGAUGAAAGGGACGCUUGCUGAUGGGAAAAAGCCUACAAGCCAGUGGGAUAAUCUCAGAAAAGACGUGGGUGGGAAUGAAGGGAGAAAGGAACGAAACAAAGAGAGUAUGGAUUCCAUCGACUAUGAAGCAAUAAGACGUGCUAGUAUCAGUGAAAUUUCCGAGGCUAUCAAGGAAAGAGGAAUGAAUAACAUGUUGGCGGUACGAAUUAAGGAUUUCCUUGAACGGAUAGUUAAAGAUCACGGUGGUAUCGACCUUGAAUGGUUGAGAGAUGUUCCUCCUGAUAAAGCCAAGGACUAUCUCUUGAGCAUAAGAGGACUAGGCUUGAAAAGUGUCGAAUGCGUGCGACUCUUAACACUCCACAAUCUUGCUUUUCCUGUUGACACCAAUGUUGGAAGGAUAGCCGUUAGGCUGGGAUGGGUGCCUUUACAACCUCUACCUGAAUCACUUCAGUUACACCUUCUAGAGCUAUACCCAGUGCUCGAGUCCAUCCAAAAAUUUCUUUGGCCAAGACUCUGCAAACUCGAUCAACCAACACUGUAUGAAUUACACUAUCAGCUGAUUACGUUUGGAAAGGUUUUCUGCACUAAGAGUAAGCCAAAUUGUAAUGCGUGUCCAAUGAGAGGAGAAUGCAGACAUUUUGCCAGUGCUUAUGCUAGUGCAAGACUUGCUUUGCCGGCACCAGACGAGAGGAGCUUAACCAGUUCAACUUUUUCAGUCCCUCCCGAGUCCUUUACUCCUACAGCCAUCCCGAUGAUGGAACUACCUUCUCCGCUGGAGAAAGUCCUAACGAGGGGAGCACCAUCGAAUAGAGGAAACUGUGAACCAAUAAUAGAAGAGCCGUCCUCGCCUGAGCAAGAAUGCACUGAGAUAACAGAGAGUGACAUUGAAGAUGGUUACUACAAUGAGGAUCCUGACGAGAUCCCAACAAUAAAACUCAACAUUGAACAGUUUGGCAUGACUCUACGGGAACACAUGGAAAGAAACAUGGAGCUCCAGGACGGUGACAUGUCCAAGGCUUUGGUUGCUUUAAAUCCGACCAAUACUUAUAUUCCAACUCCCAAACUAAAGAACAUUAGCCGUCUCAGGACAGAGCACCAAGUGUACGAGCUCCCGGAUUCACAUCCUCUCCUCAGUGGUAUGGAUAAAAGAGAACCAGAUGACCCAAGUCCUUAUCUUUUAGCUAUUUGGACACCAGGUGAAAUGGCGAAUUCGGCUCAACCACCUGAACAGAAGUGUAAAGGGAAAGCUUCUGACAAAAUGUGCUUUGACGAGACUUGUCUAGAGUGUAACAGUGUGAGGGAAGCGAACUCACAGACAGUUAGAGGAACUCUUCUGAUUCCUUGUCGAACUGCUAUGAGAGGAAGUUUUCCGCUCAACGGGACAUAUUUUCAAGUAAACGAGUUAUUUGCAGACCAUGAUUCGAGUCUCCAACCCAUUGAUGUUCCUAGAGAUUGGAUAUGGAAUCUCCCUAGAAGGACUGUUUACUUCGGAACGUCAGUAACAUCAAUAUUCAGAGGUCUUUCAACGGAGCAGAUACAAUACUGCUUUUGGAAAGGAUUUGUAUGUGUACGUGGAUUCGAACAGAAGACAAGAGCACCGCGUCCGUUGAUGGCAAGGUUGCAUUUUCCAGCGAGUAAAUUGAAGAACAACAAGACCUAGAGAUCAAUGGAAUAAGGAAUACGCAUUGCUUCUCUGCUCCCCCUCUAAGUAAAAAGGCAAGCAAAAGGCCUAUUUAGACAUUAAAAAAGAAAACACAGGAAGCAAUUUUUUCCUUCUUUCUUUUUCUAAUUUCAUUCAUAGAGCAGAAGAGAAACAAAAGAAAAUAACAAGCAGAGGAGUUUCAGUUAGGUUCAUCAUUCUCAAAUAAAAAUUUCCGGGCACAAGAGUUUUUAGCGUC